UCGCCUACCAACCACACCAAUUUAUUAUUAUUAUUCAUUAUUUAAGUGAAAAUCUUCUUUUUCUCCUCAUACCGCGUCUUUUGAUUUUCUCGUAAAUAUCACGAAAUUCGAAUUCCCCCAAUUUCUAGGGUUUCAUAUAAACCCUAACCUCGCCUGAACUUUCCCUCCAAUUGUUUCGUCUAAUUUCCCUUCGUUCUUCUUAUAAUAAUUCCUUAUUUGCUGCAAUUUUAAGGGAAUUUGAGGCUAUCCCUGUGAUGCAUAUGUACCGGUACGGUACUGGUACAAGAUGCAGUAUUUUAAUAAAAAUCAAGCUCCCUUUUCUCAUCCUCUUCACCAUGUCAAGUUUGGAGGAGCCACUUGGCCUUGACAAGUUGCCAAGCAUGAAUACCAUGGAUAGAGUUCGGAGGUUCUCAACUGGUUGUUGCCGUCCACAAGUAGAUAAUUUGGGCAUGGGAAACUACUGGAUUGAAGGACGAAGUUGCAGCACAUCUAACUGCUGCAAUGAAGACAAUGAAGAGUACACUGCAGAGACAUUCCCUUGGAAAAGGCAAACGACAGACAAGUCCCAAUGUGACUCUUUCAGUCAAAAGACUAUGACCAUCGGAAGAAACUCGAUGAAAUUUGAUAAUUCAUUUUAUUCCUCAGAUUACCAGUAUAGUCGAAAGCGCAAUAACAAUGACAUACAGGAUAUGGCAUAUAAGUUUAUGAAAGGUAUGCCAGAGUUUGUUAAGAUAGUUGAAGUUGGACCAAGGGAUGGAUUACAAAAUGAGAAGAACAUUGUACCAACAGCUGUAAAGAUUGAAUUGAUUCAUAGACUAGCAUCUACUGGGUUAUCUGUCAUUGAGGCUACUAGUUUUGUAUCCCCCAAAUGGGUCCCACAGUUGGCUGAUGCAAAGGAUGUGAUGCAAGCAGUUCAUAAUCUGGGAGGCAUCAGGUUGCCAGUUUUGACUCCUAAUUUAAAGGGUUAUGAAGCUGCUAUUGCAGCUGGAGCUAGAGAAGUAGCUAUUUUUGCAUCAGCUUCGGAAUCUUUCUCAAAAUCAAACAUUAAUUGUAGUAUUGAAGAGAGUCUUGCCCGCUAUCGUGCUGUUACUCGUGCUGCUAAAGAGCUCUCAAUUCCAGUCCGAGGGUAUGUAUCAUGCGUUGUUGGGUGCCCAGUUGAAGGGCCAAUCUCUCCGUCAAAAGUAGCUUAUGUGGCUAAAGAACUAAAUGACAUGGGUUGCUUUGAAAUCUCACUUGGUGACACAAUUGGCGUAGGCACACCAGGAACCGUAGUUCCUAUGCUUCUGGCUGUAAUGGCAGUUGUACCAGUAGAAAAGCUUGCUGUCCACUUCCAUGACACAUAUGGGCAAUCCCUUGCAAAUAUUCUUGUAUCACUCCAAAUGGGAAUAAGUGCAGUGGAUUCUUCAGUUGCUGGACUCGGUGGCUGUCCAUAUGCUAAGGGGGCUUCAGGAAAUGUAGCUACUGAAGAUGUUGUGUACAUGCUGAAUGGACUCGGUGUGAAGACCAACGUUGAUAUUGGAAAGCUCAUGUCAGCUGGGGACUUCAUCAACAAACAUUUGGGGCGCGUCUCUGGCUCAAAGACCGCCAUUGCCCUUCACCGAGUCACUGCCGAUGCUUCCAAGAUAUGAUAAUAUAUAUAUUGUACCAUAAAAUUAUAUAUAGACGUGCUUCAAGCAAUGACAAAAUCAUUCUAUAUGUUUGUUUCAUAUAUCAUUUUUUUUGCAUAAUUAUAGAAGAGGAAUAAAAUGUCCACUCACGUUGAUGAGUUAGGAAGCAGUAAUGCAUAUAAUGUUGCAAUAGCAAAUGCACGCUUCUCGUUUUGAGUGAAAUAUUGCAAUUUUUAUACGGACGAAUCAAUUUGAACUCUAAAUAGAAGUAAGAAAAUAUUAUUAUA